AAUAGGGGUUGAGGAAGCACAUCGUGUUGACCUAAUGUCACCAGCUGUUGGUUGGGAGCUACUUUGGAAGAGCAUGAACAUUCAGGACGAGAAAGAAGUGCAAAAUCUGCGAGACAUAGGGAUUGAGAUUGUUCAGAAAUGUGGUGGGCUACCUCUUGCAAUCAAGGUUACUGCUCGAGUAUUGGCAAGCAAAGAUAAAACAGAGAACAAAUGGAAAAGGAUUUUAGCUAAAAACGUUUGGUCCAUGGCUAAACUCCCUAAGGAAAUAAGUGGUGCACUAUAUCUAAGUUAUGAUGAUUUACCACUGCAUUUGAAGCAAUGUUUUCUUUAUUGUAUUGUAUUUCCUGAAGACUGGACCUUGAAACGUGAUGAGCUUAUCAUGAUGUGGGUUGCUGAAGGCUUUGUAGAAGUGCACAAAGAUCAAUUACUAGAAGAUACAGCAGAAGAAUACUACUAUGAACUAAUAAUUAGGAAUCUCCUGCAACCAGUUUACACAUAUUUUGAUCAGAGCAGAUGCAAAAUGCAUGAUCUCUUAAGGCAACUUGCUUGUUAUCUAUCAAGGGAAGAAUGUCAUAUUGGAGAUCUAAAACCAUUAGUAGACAAUACUAUAUGUAAACUACGACGCAUGUUAGUUGUCGGAGAGAAAGACACGGUGGUCAUACCUUUCACUGGUAAGGAGGAAAUUAAGUUGAGAACUUUUACAACUGAUCAUCAGCUACAGGGAGUUGAUAACACAUUUUUCAUGAGAUUAACUCAUCUUCGUGUUUUGGAUCUAAGUGACUCACUUGUGCAAACAAUACCAGAUUAUAUUGGAAAUUUAAUCCAUUUACGUAUGUUUGAUCUUGAUGGAACCAACAUAUCUUGUCUCCCAGAGUCCAUUGGUUCCCUUCAAAACCUUCUCAUAUUGAACUUGAAGAGGUGUAAAUAUCUGCACUUCCUUCCUUUGGCAACAACUCAACUGUACAAUUUGAGGCGGCUUGGUCUUGCUGAUACACCAAUAAACCAAGUCCCAAAAGGGAUAGGAAGAUUGAAAUUUCUCAAUGAUUUAGAAGGAUUUCCUAUCGGUGGUGGAAGUGACAAUACAAAAAUGCAAGAUGGCUGGAAUUUGGAAGAGUUGGCUCAUCUUUCACAGUUGAGGUGUCUUGAUAUGAUAAAAUUGGAGAGAGCUACUCCUUGCAGCAGUAGAGACCCAUUUCUACUAACAGAGAAAAAGCAUCUCAAAGUUCUGAAUCUACACUGCACUGAACAGACAGAUGAAGCAUAUUCAGAGGAAGGCAUUAGCAAUGUUGAGAAGAUCUUUGAGAAGCUAGCACCUCCACACAACUUAGAAGAUCUUGUUAUUGGGAAUUUCUUUGGUUGUAGAUUCCCCACCUGGCUUGGUACUAACCACUUGCCUUCUGUGAAAUACGUUGUCCUCAUAGAUUGCAAAUCUUGUGUGCAUCUUCCCCCAAUCGGACAGCUACCAAACUUGAAAUACCUAAAAAUUAAUGGAGCAAGUGCAAUCACCAAGAUUGGACCCGAAUUUGUUGGCUGCUGGGAGGGUAAUCUCAGAUCCACAGAGGCAGUUGCUUUCCCCAAGCUUGAAGCGUUGGUCAUUGAGGAUAUGCCCAACUGGGAGGAGUGGUGUCAGAACCCUGAACCAGAAAUGGAGAAACAGAGUAGCGAUUUGUGAAUUUUGGUAGGAUUUGGGUGGCCGCCGCAAGACUAUCUCCUAGGGUUCUAAGUUAGCUACUCCUAAGACAAAUAGAAAUUGUGAUUCUUCUUAUCUUCUUCCCACAGCAAAAGCCAGCUUAAGUAAGUUUACAGCAGCUAAAAUUAUUACAGUGAAUGUAAAGAGCAAAACGACAAGCUUUGAUAGCUACAGCGGCUUCUCAUGA